AUGGAGGAGCAGCCGAAGGAGGGCGAGGCCGAGGUCGCGGAGCAUUGGUUCUCUAAGUGGGAGCGCCAGUGCCUGGCCGAGGUGGAGCAGGAAGAGGAGCUGCCCCCGGAUCUGCAGGAGGAGGCGGCCCCCGAGACGGCGGGGCUCAAGAGCGAGCAGCAGAAGCUGUGGCACCUCUUCCAGACCUCAGCCACCGCCGUGGCCCAGCUCUACAAGGAUGCGGGGUGCCAACAGCCAGGACUCUCCAUGUGGGACCCCUUCCAGAAUGCAGCCAUGGCCGUGACCAGCCUCUACAAAGAGAGCGGGCAUGCCCACCAACGAAGUUUUGACCUGGGCAUCCAGGUGGGCCACCAGCGUCGCAUCAAAGAUGUGCUGGAAUGGGUGAAGAAGGGCCGGAGCAUCAUCCUUCGCGAAGAUCUGAUCAGUUUCCUGUGUGGCAAGGUGCCCCCGGCGCCCCCACCGCCGCCUCGUACCCCGAGGAUGCCCGCGAAGCCGGCCUCAGAAGCCCCCAGCCAGGCCGCCGCCACCGAAUCGGGCUCGUCGGUGGACGUCGACCUGCAGCCGUUCCACGAGGCCAUCGCCCUUCACGGCCUCAGCGGCGCCAUGGCCAGCAUUAGCGUGCAAUCUGGCGCGCCCGGCUCCCCGCCUCAAGCCAGCGAGGUCGCCGGUGCUGGCCGCCGAAGAAGUAGCUUUCUCGAGGAUGACUUGAGCCCGAUCGACUGUGAAGAACUGGCCCUCUGCCUGGACAGUGGGGGGUCCCGCAAGCGCACCUCGGCCGAGUGUGGUGAUGGCGACACGGACUCCCCAACCCACAAGCGCAACCGAAUGGCCUAA